CCUUCCGGUGUAGCUCGCAAGGUCCUGGAAUUUGAAAGAAUAGCUACAAUUUCUUAAAAAAAUGCCAGUAAGCUUUGUGGUGCUACACAAUGAUGGUCUACAUUUGUCUAAAAUCGUUAGUCCAGAAGCUUGCGCUACCCUUGCUUGGUAUAAUUCCUUCGAUCAACAGGAUUUUCAUCUUAAGAUGACUCGUUUAGCCAGUGAUUUGUAUCCCGGAAGCUGGUAUGCUGGAUGCAUAGCCAAUUUACAAGACCUGAACUUGUUCUACGUCUUUGCGUGAGUUAUGGAUAACUUGUCUUAGGGAAAUGAACAACGCAUGCAGCUGAUGAGCCGCUUGGAAAGAUGCAUUUCUAUUCUUAAAAAUAACGUCUAGCAUUGAUGGCUGUGACUUAACUUACGGUGAUUUGAAGAAUUUUCAGAAUCCACAUAGGAGCAUCAUUGCAAAAGAUGGCUGAAGCUUUGCUCGGUUUUGUUAUAGAGGCAGCAUUGUCCAAGGUGAUUUCUCUUGCCAAUGAGCAGAUCAAUCUGGCCUGGGGUUUCAAGAAAGAUCUGACAAGGCUUCGUGACUCACUUACUAUGAUCCAGGCUGUGCUUCAGGAUGCUGAUGGAAGGCAAGUGAGAGACAAGGCUGUGCAGCUUUGGCUGGAGAGGCUUAGAGAUAUUGCUUAUGAGGCUAAUGACGUGCUUGAUGACUUCGCUUAUGAAAUUCUCAGAAGGAAGGUAAAAAAUCAGAACCAGCUGAAGAAAAAGGUCUGCUACUUUCCUUUCUUCAAGCCUGUGUCAGUUUCUUUCAGAUUUGCUAAGAAAAUUAAGAAGAUAAAUGGAUCUCUAGUUCAAAUAAAAUCUGAUGCAGCUGGUUUUGGACUUAGAGUUGGAAAUAUGGACAGGGUUUCCCAAAUUAGCCGAGAUUAUGAGACGGAUUCCAUCCUUGAUUCAGAAGUUGUAGGAAGAAAAGAUGAUGUCUCAAAGAUUGUGAACAUGUUGAUUAGCUUAAGUGGCCAACAUGGUGUUUCGGUUAUUUCCAUAGUGGGUAUGGCAGGCAUUGGAAAGACAACUUUGGCAAAAUCAGUGUGCAAAGAAGUAGAAGAGAAAAAUAUAUUUGAUGUGAUAAUAUGGGUUUGUGUAUCUGAUAAUUUUACUGACCAAAAGAUUUUAGGGGGAAUGUUGGAAUCUCUUGAUAGAACUGCAGGAGGAUUGAGUAAUAUUAAUGCAAUAAUUCAGAACCUUAGAAAAGAGCUGGAAGGGCAAAGAUUUCUCUUAGUUCUUGAUGAUGUAUGGAAUGAGGAUCGGGAGAAAUGGGGUAGAUUGAAAAGUCGUUUAUCAAAAAUUAAUAAUAAUGCAAACAGUGUUGUUGUAACAACUCGUAGUCAGAAUGUGGCAUCCGUAAUGGAGACACUUUCUUUGCAUACACAUCACCUAGAAAAGUUAUCAGAUGAUGAGUGUUGGUCAAUUAUCAAGGAAAGAGCAUUCGGCAAAAGAGGAGGGUUGGUGAGUUCAGAUUUGAAGGACAUUGGGAUGGAAAUUGCAAGAAAAUGUGGUGGGGUGCCCCUUGUUGCAAGCAUUUUAGGUGGAACAAUGGGCUUAAAAUUGGAAAAAGAUACAUGGUUGUCGAUUAAAAAUAGUGAUGCUUGGAAGUUGGGAAACAACAAUGAAAUUUUACCUACUUUGAAGUUGAGUUUUGAUAACUUACCUUUUUGUUUGAAACAAUGUUUUGCAUAUUGUUCAAUUUUCCCACAAGAUCAUGAGAUUGAAAGGGAUCAGCUGAUUCAGCUUUGGAUGGCUCAAGGUUUUCUUCAGCCAUCUGCAGAAAGUAGGCCAUAUGAAGGAAGUCUUGCAGAGAUGGAGGAUAUAGGAAACAAGUACUUUAAUGACUUAUUGUCAAACUCCUUAUUUCAAGAUGCAGAAAGGGACGCAUAUGGCAAUAUUACAACUUGCAAAAUGCAUGAUGUAGUUCAUGAACUUGCAUUGUCUGUUUCAAAAUCUGAAACACUGACUCUGAAGACUGAUUGUGUAGGUGAUUUGUCUCAUGUUCGUCAUCUGAAUUUCAUUAAUGAGGGUGAAAUGAUUCCAAAAGUUUCAGGAGCUACCCCUCAGAAAUUGCACUCUUUGUUUUCAAAGUUUGAUGUCUACCCCAACUUUCCAGGUGAAUUUAGAAGCUUGCGUGUCCUUAAUUUUGAGGGCGCUUUUAUCGAAGAGUUGCCUGCUUCACUUGGAAGAUUGAGGCAUUUGAGGUAUUUUGACAUCUCCUGGACCAAUAUCAGAGCACUACCUGAAUCCAUCACUAAGCUUUAUAAUCUCCAGACAUUAAGAUUCAUGUGCUGCUUUUGCCUUCAAAAUCUCCCCAAAGGAAUGAGAGAUUUAGUCAGCUUGAGGCACAUUUUUUUCAAUGAUCCAAUGCUGAUGCCUCUGGAGAUUGGGCAGCUAACCUGUCUUCAGACGUUGCCAUUGUUUUCUGUGGGUACAGAAAUGGGAAACCUAAUUGAAGAAUUGGGGUCCUUAAGCCAACUGAGAGGAGAGUUAAAGAUAUCCAAUCUUGAGUAUGUUAGAGACAAUGAAGAAGCCAAACGAGCUAAACUCCAAGAAAAGACAAGAAUAUACAAGUUGGAACUUGUGUGGCGCUCUCAAAGAGAAGGGGGUAACAAUGAUGAAGAUGUGCUGGGAGGUCUUCAGCCUCACUCAAAUUUGAAAAGCUUAACUAUUACGGGUUACGCUGGAGAGAACUUUCCAUCAUGGAUGUUGACAAAGACAAAUGAUGUUGAUUCACUUCUGCUCCAUAAUUUGGUGGAUUUGAAAUUAAUCAAUUGCAGGAACUGCAAAAACAUUCCAACCAUUGGGCAAUUGUGCAAUCUUAAAGUUCUUACAAUAGAUGGGAUGGAGAAUGUGAAGUAUAUAGGUACUGAGUUUUAUUUGAACAGCAGUAGGUGUGAAGGGCAGAAGGCUUUGUCACUCUUCCCAGCAUUGAGGAAAUUCACUUUAAAGGAGAUGAGCAGCCUGGAGAAAUUGGUGGAAGAGGUGGAGGCAGCAAUGAUCGGAAGAGAACAGGUUGUGGUGUUUCCUUGCCUUGAGGAGCUGAUUAUUUGGAGGUGUCCCAAGUUGCAAAGCAUUCCUGUAAUGAGUGGAUUUUCAUCUCUUCAGAAGCUUGAUGUUAGAUGGUGUGAGCGGUUAAGUUCCAUAGGAGACGGUCUAUCUGCAUCAACAUAUCUCAAAGAAUUAUCUAUAUGGGAAUGUUCUAAUUUGAUGUCCAUUCCCUGCUUAAAUAUGCUCUGCUCUCUUACAAAACUAGAAAUUUCUGGAUGUGAAGGAUUAACAAGCCUACCAAGUGGGUUGUGCUUAUGUACUUCUCUUGAGGUUUUGAGGAUUUGCAACUGCCCCAGUUUGAUCUCUGUUCCUGAAGAUCUAGGAAAAUUGCAAUCUCUCCGCUCUUUAGGAAUCACAUUUUGUGGAAAACUGACUACCAUUCCGGAUAGUCUAUGCCACCUCACACAGUUGAAGGUGUUGAAUAUUGGUGGUUUGUCAGAAGAACUGGAGGAAUUUCCUGGUUUUGGUUCCAUUCAGCACCUCCAUCUUUCCCUUGAAGAUUUUCGGUUAUAUGGAUGGGAAAAACUAAAAGCUCUACCAUAUCAGCUUCAAUACCUCACUGGCCUUACAUCUUUGGAUAUAAGGGACUUCAACGAAGUGGAAGCUAUACCACAGUGGCUGGGAAACCUCUCAUGUCUUCAAGAACUUGAAUUCCAGAGAUGCAAGAAUCUGAUGUAUCUCCCUCCUAUAGAAACCAUGCAAUGCCUUUCCAAAUUACAGACACUUAAGCUUAAUGAUUGUCCCAAGUUGAAGGAAAGGUGUGCUGAGGAGAACAGCCAUGAGUGGUCCAACAUUUCCCAUAUUCCAAAUAUCUUCAUAGAUGAUGUACUAGUCAGUCUAGUGGAGAUUGAGGCUGUGGAUCCAAUUCAUACCUGUGACUAAAGUUGCGCCAUGGAGAUGAAGCAGUGAGUUGAAUGUCACAGACAUAACAGCGGGACCUUGACCAAAAUGUUCCAAGAUUUCUGACAUUCCAGAAGUCAUAACUAAAAAUGAUGAUUGAUCCCUGUGUAAAAAUAAAUUCAAGUCAUCUCAACAAUGUUAAGGAGUUCAAGUCAAUUGGAAACAGAGAGGAAUCAAAGGGUUUGCUGAAAUGGGAUUCUUUGCAUACCAGAGUAUGGAAAUGGAACAUCCACUGCCAAAUUCAAGGCUGUCUCCA